GUGAGAUUGCUCACUAGGUCCAACGUCCGCAAGUUGACGGGUCACGAGCAGGGUUCAUAGCACCGCACCCUCUGCAAAGCUUCACGGAGCCAGACUCGUACAUCAGACGGCCUGCGGAAAAGCCGCACACGUCCAUCGAAAAUGGACUUUCAAUCGAUGAUGAACCGCGCCCAGCACAUGGGAGGAGGCGGUGGCAACGCGUCCGUAUCAGACAUGCCUCAACAAGACAACUCGGAGACGGUGUACAUCUCCUCGCUGGCGCUUCUCAAGAUGCUCAAGCACGGCCGAGCAGGUGUGCCAAUGGAAGUCAUGGGGCUCAUGCUUGGAGAAUUUGUAGAUGACUAUACCGUCUCGGUUGUCGAUGUUUUCAGUAUGCCACAAAGCGGUACAGGAGUUUCGGUUGAGGCAGUAGAUCCGGUGUACCAGACCAAAAUGCUGGACAUGCUCAGACAGACAGGGCGACCAGAGGCGGUCGUAGGUUGGUAUCAUUCUCACCCUGGGUUUGGCUGCUGGCUGUCUAGUGUCGACAUCAAUACGCAGCAAUCGUUCGAGCAGCUGAACCCGCGCGCUGUAGCCGUCGUCGUCGAUCCGAUCCAAUCUGUUAAAGGCAAAGUCGUCAUCGACGCGUUCCGCCUGAUCAAUCCGAGCAGCAUGAUGCUCGGGCAGGAGCCGCGGCAAACGACCUCAAACAUUGGACACCUCAACAAGCCGAGCAUUCAGAGUCUGAUCCACGGGCUCAAUCGGCACUACUACAGCAUCGCGAUCAACUACCGAAAAACAGAGCUGGAGCAAAGCAUGCUUAACAACCUGCACAAGCGCAACUGGACCGAGGGCCUGCGCCUCCGGGAUUGGGGGCAGCACAAGGAGUCGAACGAGAAGGCAAUCCAGCGCAUGCUGAAGCUGUCGGAAGAGUACAACAAAAGCGUGCAGGAGGAGAGUACGAUGAGCGCGGACGAGCUAAAGACACGGCAUGUCGGCAAGCAAGACCCGAAGCGACAUCUCGAAGACGCAGUCGAGCAGGCCAUGGGCGACCAGAUCGUGCAGAGUCUGGGCACGAUGUUACUUGCCGAAUUAUAAACCAUACUGUGGCCUCCGACGGCGAUUCAUUUCCUGUAUAUCAGAUCAUUGACGUCGAUGAGAAACAGUCCUUGUCC